ACUUGUCAAAAGUCUGACUGCUUGAGUCCUGCCUCGCUCCAGCACAAGGCGCAGGCUGCCUUCACACAGCUACGCUUAUUUUGGCCUCGCUGCAUUUUCUGUCCUAAUGAGAGUUGCAUUACAACAGGCUUAAGUCUCUUUUGUGUUCCUGGAGCGUUCACCAUGAGCAGCCCAUUUCUUCACCUUGUGGAGGUUCUAGACCCUGCACAGCCGGACAAGAAGUUUUACAAUCUGAGCAAGUUAGGGGACACAAGAUAUACACGUUUACCGUUCUCUAUCAGAGUGCUCCUUGAAGCUGCCAUCAGGAACUGCGAUGAAUUCCUUGUCAAACAGAAAGAUGUGGAGAAUAUCUUGAACUGGAAAGUUACCCAGCAUGAAAAUGUGGAAGUCCCAUUUCGACCAGCACGUGUAAUCUUGCAGGAUUUCACCGGUGUUCCUGCUGUAGUGGAUUUUGCUGCGAUGCGAGAUGCAGUUAAGCGGUUGGGAGGUGACCCUGAAAAAAUCAACCCAGUUUGCCCAGCAGACUUAGUCAUCGAUCACUCCAUCCAAGUCGAUUUCAAUAGGAGGGCUGACAGCUUACAGAAAAAUCAGGAUUUGGAGUUUGAAAGGAACAGAGAACGUUUUGAGUUUUUAAAGUGGGGUUCUCAAGCUUUUCAGAACAUGAAAAUCAUCCCUCCAGGUUCUGGCAUCAUACAUCAAGUUAACCUGGAGUACCUGGCACGAGUAGUCUUUUGUCACGAUGGCUACUACUAUCCGGAUAGCCUUGUUGGAACUGACUCUCACACCACAAUGAUUGAUGGUUUGGGAGUUCUUGGCUGGGGUGUAGGAGGCAUUGAAGCUGAAGCAGUAAUGCUUGGCCAGCCAAUCAGCAUGGUGCUUCCCGAGGUGAUUGGCUAUAAACUGAGAGGUAGCCCUCACCCAUUGGUAACAUCUACAGACAUUGUACUCACAGUGACCAAGCACCUACGUCAAGUUGGCGUUGUUGGUAAAUUUGUUGAGUUUUUUGGACCUGGUGUUGCUCAUCUGUCUAUUGCUGAUCGUGCCACCAUUGCCAACAUGUGUCCGGAGUAUGGAGCAACAGCCGCCUUUUUCCCUGUGGAUCUUGUCAGCGUGGAGUACCUGCGGCAAACAGGUCGCGAAGAGGAAAGGGUUAAAUACAUCCAGAAAUAUUUGGAGGCUGCUGGGUUGUUCAGGGACUUUAACAAUACCGAGCAGGACCCUGAUUUUACCCAGGUCGUUGAGUUGGAUCUCGGCACAGUAGUACCAUGCUGUAGUGGACCUAAGAGGCCUCAAGACAAAGUAGCGGUUUCUGAAAUGAAAUCUGACUUUGAGAAUUGCUUGGGAGCCAAGCAAGGAUUUAAAGGAUUCCAGAUCCCACAAGGUCACCACAAUGACAAAGUAAAAUUCACCUACAAUGACAGCGACUACGAGCUCUCUCAUGGCUCUGUGGUCAUAGCAGCCAUUACAAGCUGUACCAACACUAGCAAUCCUUCUGUCAUGCUAGGGGCAGGAUUAUUGGCCAAAAAUGCGAUUGAAGCCGGGCUGUCUGUGAAGCCUUACGUCAAAACAAGCCUGUCCCCAGGGAGUGGUGUGGUGACCUAUUACCUCAAAGACAGUGGAGUUAUGCCCUACCUCUCCCAGCUCGGGUUUGAUGUUGUGGGAUAUGGAUGCAUGACUUGCAUAGGUAACAGUGGACCCCUUCCUGAACCUGUUGUGGAAGCCAUAACUCAGGGAGAUCUGGUGGCAGUUGGCGUCUUAUCUGGGAACAGAAACUUUGAAGGUCGUGUUCAUCCAAACACACGUGCAAACUACUUGGCUUCUCCACCUCUUGUCAUUGCCUAUGCCAUAGCCGGGACUGUCAGGAUUGACUUUGAGAAAGAGCCUCUGGGAUUUAAUGCAGAUGGUAAACCUGUGUUCCUGAAUGAUAUCUGGCCCACAAGAGAAGAAAUCCAGGCAGUGGAACGUAAAUAUGUUAUACCAGGAAUGUUCAAAGAAGUGUAUGAAAAAAUUGAGAAAGUCAAUGAAAGCUGGAAUAAUUUAAAAGCACCUACUGAUAAGUUAUACCCGUGGGAUCCUAAAUCAACGUACAUCAAAUCUCCGCCAUUCUUUGACCAUCUGACAAUGGAACUCCAGCCUUCCAAAUCUAUCACUGACGCUUAUGUCCUCUUAAACCUGGGCGAUUCCGUAACAACUGACCACAUUUCACCUGCUGGGAAUAUAGCACGAAACAGCCCAGCGGCACGCUUUUUAACCAGCAGAGGUCUAACCCCAAGAGAAUUUAACUCCUACGGCUCCCGUAGAGGUAACGAUGCUGUCAUGGCAAGAGGAACGUUUGCCAACAUCCGCUUGUUUAACAAGUUUGUUAACAAGCAGGCUCCACAAACUAUACACUUUCCUUCCAAUGAAACACUUGAUAUAUACGAUGCUGCUGAAAGAUACCAACAGGCUGGACACAAUCUGAUUAUCCUGACCGGAAAAGAGUAUGGUUCAGGAAGUUCUAGAGACUGGGCAGCAAAGGGACCUUUCUUACAGGGUAUUAAGGCCGUUCUUGCUGAGAGCUAUGAGCGUAUUCACCGCAGUAACUUGGUUGGAAUGGGGAUAAUACCCCUUCAGUAUAUGCCAGGAGAAAGUGCAGAGGCAUUAGGACUUACUGGACAAGAACGCUACACUGUCAUCAUUCCAGAAGACAAAGAUCUCCGGCCAGGAAUGAACAUCCAAAUUAAGCUUGAUACUGGAAAAUCAUUUGAAGCCAUCAUGAGAUUCGAUACAGAUGUGGAGCUCACCUACUACCGCAACGGCGGUAUUUUGAACUACAUGAUCCGUAAAAUGGCAAACUCUAGUUAAGACAAAAGAAGAGCAGUGGCAUGGUCUCGUUCUGUGGAGAUUUAAAAAUCCAAACCAGCUAUCUCUUAUCUAGUCUCCACUAUAAAUGGCCAGAAUGCACAUUAAGUAGUUUUCAGGUAGAGAAAAUAAAUUUCCAUGCUUGUGUACAUUACACAGAUGACCUCUUAUAGUUGGCUUGUAGGUAUUUUGUGAUGAGGAAUGAACUUAACACCUUGACCAGCCAGAUAACAAUGAGAAGUUUGUGCAUAGUUUAUCUAAGGCUAAGUUACUGAGCAGAGGUUUUCAGGCGAGUAGGAUAUCAUGAUGAACCUUGCUACUGCUGUUGAUACUCAAACUGUCAGGAAAUUCACCCAACAUACAGUCGUGUUUUGAGCUGUCCAAAAUGGUGUAAAGUUAAGGCUAAGAAUAAUAAAUUAAAAAUGAUCUAUACUUUCUCCUGUGUCUAUUGAUUUGGUUCUGAUUUGCAGUGUACAAGUCGAACAUGUCUUAAUGUAAUUUAUAGUUUGAGGCCCUGAUUUGAAUUGGCACUUUACUAUUUAAUGAAUUGUUCAAUGUAAAUCCAUUCUCCGUUUACUUUAGGUUCUACUUAGGUUUCUGCUGAACUCAGUAACUCCAGGUUCUCAUUCUCCAUAGUGUUAAAAGUGAACUUUGCAGUGUUCAUACUGCUUAAGGCCUCUGCCAGCUUGUGUUGCCCACUUCAGAAGGCGUACAGCUGAUUUGCUCCUUACAACUCAUUCAAUGCUCUUUGCCACUAUGGACACCAUAGAUAAUACAUUCUAUUCACAAAAUACAGUAUAAUCCUACCUUGCGUUGGCAACAUCUUCCAUAGCUUCCUAGUUCAUCGUAACCUGUAUUAGCUCUGUAAUUUAAAGCCCAUCAGGAGAUAUGUUCAGUUGAAUGGACCUUCUACACGGAAAAUAGCUGGUGGUGUAGAUAGAGACAAUGCAUAUUUUGGGGGGUUCUGCAGAAUGUAUUUGCAAGGGAGACGCCUCUAUUAAAGUGCAUGUGAUGACUGGAGUGUCCCUUUAAAGACCAGGUGAAGCCAGAUUUUGUGGAAGUACAUCUCCCAUAAUCUGUGUAUAUCUUGUGAAUAUAGGCACUCUUAUUUUAUAAUAUUGCUGCAACCCGAAAAUAGUGUACCCUUCAAAUACACCACUAAAAGUAAAACUAUAACGAAAAAAAAACACCACAAAUGAUAUAUACAUCGCCAGGAUUGAUCACUCUCCAAAGAUACAUAUGCAACAAAAUUAAAAAGCAACAUGGUAUAGACACGUUGGUAAUCUCCCAUAACCGUCCAUAUAGAUGUUAUAAGAAAUAUGACAGCUUUGGCAGCUCCAAAAAACAGACAUUCUUUACCUUUGUCAUGUGAAUUGGUUGAAAACUUUUAGUUUAGCGUUCCAUGUUAGCUUUGUUUCUUAAAGAAUAUUUGUUUCAAAUUGAUAAAUGUGAAUAUAAAUUUUUCCCCUUUGUAGUAUUUUCCUGUAAUCCUAGUUUUGCUUUUUCACCUUUGCGAAAAUCUUUACAAACUACUUUGUAAAUUCAAGCCAAAUAAAUCUAUUUUCAAGAGA